AGUCAUAUACGUUGUACAUGUUUUGUCAACAGCAAGAUCAUGACUUACUUAAAUUUUAGUCGAAGCGUCGACUAGCGCACAGGAUGACGAAGUUAGUUUACACAAUAUGGGCUCUCAUAUUGAAUUGUAUGGGCAUUUCGGUUUUUAAAACAUGUUUCUCUGACGCAAUGGAAGAUGAUUACGGAGAUUACCUUCUCUCCGGACCUCCUAUAACCUCUAUAAUUUUUGCCCUUGGAGUCUACACAAUAACGUCCAACCUGAACUUUUACCCUGCAUCUUUUCGAAAGCCGAUCGCUUCGUUGAUGGGUCUUUACGAAUUUCUCGUGACAGCUUUUAUCUUAGAUUUUUCCGUCGCGUGCGUGUGGACUCCUAUCGACGUGCAUAUUUACACGACGUUCACCAGAGCGUUGUGCAAGGUUUUUAUCAGUUUUGGAUUCAGAGACGCGGCAACGUGGUUGUUGCACAACAAGUCUCCUAUGGCAAUAUUGUGCUGCGUCACGGCUAUCGGAUUCUUCCUCACCACGCUGCACGUCACGAGAUCGGUGGACUUCACGAUAUAUUCUGACUUUGGACCGCGUUUCUUUGCCGAUCACCUAAAAAGUACGAUGGUGAAGAAGAUAGCCAGCGAAUUACCGAAGUUGGAGGAAGCACAGUGCGAUGGAUCAUACAGAACCCGCAGAAGUCGGGGUCGAAAGCGAAGUCGGAAGACGACGAAUUCCAAGUCGCUGUACUGAAAUCUAGAGUGUGUGGGAGAAGGAAAAUAAAAGUCACAACGCUACAAAUAACAUUUUACACACUUUUUUUAUAUUAAAAAGAAGGCAUUUUUAUUUCGUUUGGAACUGAAAAUGAUAAAGUACAAAUGGUAUUGAUAAUAUAGUGAUAAUCAUGUAUCGUAAUCAAUCGUUAAUAAUAUUAAUUAAUUAAUAAUACGUGUAUCGAUUAUACUGUACGUAUAGAUUAUUAUACGGUAAUUGUACUAACGAGAUGUGUUCAGUGGCAGCGCACAUAUACAUAUGUAUUUAUAUAUAUAAUUUAUAUUUCUCAUCUAUGUAUUCUGUAUAUUACAGCAUCCGUGUAACGACGGCUACGAUAAAACAUUGGGUCGUACGACCUAUCAACUACGCGGUGUGAUAUCGCGAUCGGCGCUUGGCAUCCCGCGUAUAUAGUCAUAUUUGCCUUUCAUUCAUUAUUAUUUGCAUUUCUAUUUUAACUUUUUUUCAUCUGUUAAGUGAGCUAUAUAGUUUUCGUACUUAUUCCGGGCAGUGUGCAAUAGUUGACAGCAUAGAAAAGUAGCUUUCAGAUAUGUGUUUUGAGCAUAAGUUUCAUCUCGAAAUAAUCACUAAACACUAUUAGCAGUCCCUUUAUAUUUGUCCAUCCUGUAUAUAGGAAAUAUUACAUUAUACAACGUAUAAGUACACUUCAGAGUAUACGAUAAUAAAAAAUUUUACCGGUUUUUUUUUCUUUUAUUCAAACGAGUCCAGGACUCUUUACAAUGAGAUCAUUUCGAACGUUAGAAUCCCCGGGGGAAACGUUUAAGCAUCGGUAUAGAGGGUAAGUGAAAUCUUUUUAUACAGUAAAAAAAUCACGUACACUAACGAUUCGUUUUAUUA